UCGGCUUUAUACCCACUCUCGCGAAUCUGUUCGUCUCGGCUUCGAUCCGAUUCGCCGGCACCUUCCUCGCAUCCAAUUCGUAUUUCUAGGGUUUGCAGUCGACCUCGAUCGCUCUCGCUUGGCAUCGAUCCGAUGGGAGAAUGGAAGACGGAGGACAUGCCUCUCCCGGCGCUGUUCGAGGAGGCCUCGAAGAUCCAUGCCAUGGCAUCCGAGUCUUCCGUCGAUCGGGAAGCUCUGAGGAAGGGGAUCCAGACAUUGCGGCGAUGUGAUGAGAUGAUAAGCAAGUUAGGGUUGUUCUCGUCCAACGAAACAAAGGAUGAUGUCAGCACCGCCAAUCUGAAGUACUUAUUGGUCCCGUUUUAUAUUGGGGAAUUGACAGAAAAAGUUGCUGAAGAUGACAGAUUAAAGGUUCUUAAAAUUUCGCGGGACCAUUUGAAGGAGUUUAUUUCAAUUUGUGAAGCCUUGGAGCUUAUUCCUGAAGAGGAGUUGGAAAGAUCUAGUCAAAGAGGGGCUAACACUCCUGCAAAUCAAAGGGCAAAAAAGAUUGCUCGUUUCAAACGCCAGAGAGCUGCAGAAGCAAAGUUGCAAGAAAUCAAAGAAAAAAAGGAGAGACGUUGGCGGUCCUUGAGGGCAGCAGCUCUGUCUUCACCUGUUGAAGUCGGGGAGGAAGAUGUACUUGAUGAUGAUGGAGAGGAGGAAAGAGAGGCAUGGCUCACAACCAUUUCCUUGUCUAUCUGCAAGGCUUUUGAUCUCGUAGAGAUGCUGAAGAAAGAGGAAGAGAUGCUUGCUGCUGUAAAAGAGAGACAAUCAAAGGAAGGAGAAGAUUUUGCUCAUGAGAUUCUUGAUGAGCGUACUAAACGAGCUGAAACAUGGCAUAGGAAUGCUGCAAGUAAAGCAGCAGUUUCAAAACCAGCAGAACCCAUCACAUGUGCAACCUUUGCCCAAGAUGUUAUCGAAGGUAGAGCACAGCUUUCACAAGCACAUGAACACAAGCACCAACCCAUGAUAUUUGGACCAGCUAGCCUUGUCGGUGGAAGGUUAACUAGUGAGAGAGAGAGAAUGGCAGCACAAGUCUUCCAACCAGGUUAUAGGCUACCAACCAUGAGUAUAGAAGAAGCUGGCUUACGGGAAAUGGAGAUGAUGAAGAAAUGGCAAGAGUGGAAUGUCAAGCUCAUGGAAGAAGCCAACUCUUCGUGGCACAAGGAGGGCACUACUUCGACCGAGGAUGAAGACGCAGAGGUGGAAAAAGCAAGAGCAUGGGACGAUUGGAAAGAUGACCAUCCUCGUGGUGCAGGCAAUAAGAAACUCACUCCUUGUGGGUAAGUUCCAGGGCUUACGUUCUUGUGCACCCCUGUCAUGGAAAACCUCAACAUAAACCUAAACCUAAACCUUUGUAGUAUACGGUACUGAAGAUAUUGAUUUGUGUGUAUCUUAAAAUAGUGCUUUUGAUAGUCGGACAAGUUUGGGGAGCAAGAUAUGUUCUCAUGGAUCAUGUUCAGAGUUGGCUAGCUCGUUGUUGGUGGCAAUGACACAUUGAUCAAGUUUGUUCUC